UGGAUUUAUGCUAAUUAGUGGGAAAUUAGCCAACGAUGAUUUGGUACUAAUACUUUUCAUUAAAGUGUUUCGUUAAAGAAAAUUGGAAUUUUCUCUUUCAAUUUUCUCGUGCUGUUAAUCAUUAAUUAUUAGUAUAAUUAGGUCAUUAGUUGUCUCGUUUUUAGUAUAUAACAUUUUUCUAGUAUGUAACAUUUUUUUACCUUGUGCUGGGCGAAUAGGAAUUUUAUUCAGGAAGAAUAAGAGAAAGAAAAAGAGGUUUUGGUUGAUAAAUGGCCUCAAGCGCUUGAUUACAAAAAAGAUAAUGAAACAGCGGUAAUAAUAAUAGUAGCUAUAUUUCUUAUUUUCUUGAACCGCCUCGUCCUUUCAUUCUCCGGGCCGGGCUUUCUUCUGUUGCUCCUCAUACCAUCUCUCGAUUGGUUGUUCCGGUUCUGACUGCGAAGCUUGGAGGGUUCCCGGGCGAGAGCAAGAUCCUGAUCCUUUUACCGUCUUGGUUUAUUAGGGUUCCGGAUCUGUUCUGUUGGUGCCGCUUGAUUCGCUUGACGAGAGAGAGAGAGAGAGAGAGAGAAGGAAUUACCAAUAAAGGAGAAAAAGAAGGGAGGGGAGAGUAAGAACGAACAGAUGUCUGCUCGGCCCCAGUUCACGAUCACCCUGGGCCGAAGCGGUCAGGUUGUUAAGAGAGCAAGACCUAUAUCUGAUGGCAGUCAUUGUGAUGAUGACAUGCCCUCCUUAGCAUCCAAGCUAUCAGUGAGAGAAAGGUUGGAGAACAACAUGGCCAAUAGCAGUUGUUAUGGGAGCCAGUAUGAAAACAAACGUCAGAGAACAGAUGAUCAUGAUUCAAGAUUCAUGAAUAAAAAUCCGAGAGACAAGCAUAUCAAAUCUAAUCAUCAGGUUCGUAGAGAUGAUCUGAGAUGGAAACUUAUUAAUAAAAGCUUAUCUCGAAGAAGACAUCCUGUUGCUGAAGGACAAUAUGAUGUUGACCUACGUGAAAAGCUUUCUCAGAAUACACGUGCUUCUCGCGUAUCUGAUCCUCGGCAACAUACAAUAGAAUCAAGAACCUCUGGCUUUGGAAGGAGAAUACCUUCUACAAGAAGUGCGGAUGAUUUACUUGAAUUGGAUUCACAUAGGAAGUCAUAUUCUUGGACUUUGGAUCAGCAGAGGCGUAGUUCUCCAGAUAGGCUUAUUAGCGCUCCAAGGCGUAUCUCUCCUUCAAGAAGAUACGAGGAACUGAAGCACACAUCUGUGAUAAGAUCUGUUGAUGCUUCCAGAACUAGUUUUCUAACAAACAGUGGAGUAGGUGAUUCUUCUAGAUCUUUUGCUUUUAUGACUAAAAACACUUCUGCCGAUGCAGUCAAGCCAGUUGUCCGAGCUCCUGUACCAGGGGAUAUUGGGCAAAGAGUUGUACUUAAGCCUGAGGAACCUCUAACAGUUUCUGGCUUACUACACUCAUUAGGUCUUGGAAAAUAUGCCGUACUAUUUCAGGCAGAAGAGGUGGAUAUGACUGCGCUGAGGCAGAUGGGAGACAAUGACCUCAAAGAAUUGGGAAUUCCCAUGGGCCCUAGGAAGAAAAUCCUUCUUGCAGUGGUAUCUCAAGCAAGACAUCCACAACGGCAACGGUGAGAAAACCAAAUGCCAGUUGAUUUUGGGUUUGUUUUUGUUAUGGCAAUUGAGACACCAAAUUGUAGGAUCUUAUCCUCAAUUAACGCUUAUUUUCAUACCCAUCUUUGGAAUCUAAUGUUCUCAGAUGAUUAAACCUUUCAUUCAUCAGUGUCAAUUGAAAGCUUUUUCAAA